GCCAUGGCACCAGUGAGAGAGGGAAACUGCACAGCAGUCACGGAAUUCAUCCUGCUGGGGUUUGGAAAGGGACGAGGUCUCCAGGUGGCCCCAUUUGUGAUAUUUCUGGUGAUUUACAUAGUAACCAUGAUGGGGAACACCAUCCUGGUCCUCAUCAUCAGAGCCAACUCUCACCUCCACACACCCAUGUAUUUCUUCCUCAUGAACCUGUCCCUUGUAGACCUCUGCUAUUCCUCCACCAUCGCCCCCAAAGCCAUGGUGAGCUUCCUAUCAGGGAGCAAAGCCAUUUCCUAUAAUGGAUGUGCCACCCAAUUCUUCUUCUUCGGUCUCUUCAUCACCACUGAAGCAUUUCUUCUGGCAGUGAUGGGGUAUGAUCGAUACACCGCCAUCUGCAACCCACUCCUCUAUCCAGUCACCAUGUCCAAGUGGGUUUGCAUUCAGCUGGUAGUGGGAUCAUAUAUCUGCGGCUGUGUGAAUGCCAUUGUCCAAACAAGCUUCACCUUUACGCUGCACUAUUGUGGGUCUAAUGAGAUUGAUCAUUUCUUCUGUGAUGGCCCUCCCCUGAUAAGUCUGUCCUGCAGUGACACGUUCCUCAAUAAUAUUGUGAUGUUUACCUUAUGCGGCUUCAUCAUAGCAAUCACUGCCCUGAUUGUGCUUAUCUCCUACUUUUAUAUCAUCUCCACCAUCCUCAGGAUUCGCUCUGCUGAGGGCCGACGCAAAGCCUUCUCCACCUGCACCUCCCACCUGGUGGCUGUGACUUUAUUUUAUGGGACCACUGCUUUCAUGUAUGCCCAGCCCACUUGGCUGUCUUCUCUGUACCCAAGGAAAGCAGUAGCUGUGUUUUAUACCUUUGUCAUCCCCAUGUUGAAUCCCUUCAUCUACAGCCUUAGGAACAAGAAUGUGAGAGAAGGUUUGAGCAGGGCUAUGGGCCACAAAUCCUUGACAAAAUGA